AGGGGCGUUGCUGAGGGCGGCUAGGGGCGAGAGUGAGGCUGCGGAGCCGCCAAGAGGCGACGGCGGGAGCUAGAGAGGACGGAGGUCUAGGGUGGCCGUGCAGGGGGAGCGGCGGCCCGGGCCUCAAGCCGGGGCGUGUGUGACGGCGGAGGCGGACCAGGGCCUUGCUGCCGCCAUGACUGAGGAGUCAGAGGAGACGGUUCUGUACAUUGAGCACCGCUAUGUCUGCUCUGAGUGCAACCAGCUUUAUGGCUCUCUGGAGGAGGUGCUCAUGCACCAGAACUCCCAUGUACCCCAGCAGCACUUUGAGCUGGUAGGUGUGGCUGACCCUGGAGUCACUGUGGCUACAGAGGCAGCUUCAGGCACAGGUCUCUAUCAGACCCUAGUGCAGGAGAGCCAGUACCAGUGCCUGGAGUGUGGGCAGCUGUUGAUGUCACCCAGCCAGCUUCUGGAGCACCAAGAGCUGCACCUGAAGAUGAUGGCACCCCAGGAGGCAGUGCCAGUUGAGCCACCACCCAAAGCGCCUUCCUUGAGCUCUAGCACUAUCCACUACGAGUGUGUGGACUGCAAGGCUCUCUUCGCCAGCCAGGAGCUCUGGCUGAACCACCGGCAGACGCAUCUCCGGACCACUUCCACUAAGCCUCCCACCCCAGUUGUCCUGGGGUCCCCAGUUGUCCUAGGGCCCCCUGUGGGCCAGGCCCGCGUGGCUGUGGAGCACUCGUACCGAAAGGCAGAAGAGGGUGGGGAAGGGGCAGCUGUCCCGUCUGCAGCUGCCACUACCACUGAGGUAGUGACUGAGGUGGAGCUACUCCUCUACAAGUGCUCUGAGUGCUCCCAGCUCUUCCAGCUGCCAGGCGACUUCCUGGAGCACCAGGCCACCCACUUCCCUACUCCUGCCCCAGAGUCUGAGGAAUCUGCCUUACAGCAAGAGACCCUGACUCCAUCAUCUGCGGAGAUGGCCGUGUCUCAACCUGACCCCCUGCCUGCCUCUGACCACAGUUAUGAGCUUCGCAAUGGUGAAGCCAUUGGGCGCGAUCGCCGGGGUCGCAGGGCCCGGAGGAACAACAGUGGAGAGCCAGGUGGGGCAGCCACACAGGAGCUCUUUUGCUCAGCCUGUGACCAGCUCUUUCUCUCACCCCACCAGCUACAGCAGCACCUGCGGAGUCACCAGGAGGGAGUUUUUAAGUGCCCCCUAUGCAGUCGUGUCUUCCCCAGCCCUUCCAGUCUGGACCAGCACCUUGGAGACCACAGCAGCGAGUCCCACUUCCUGUGUGUAGACUGUGGCCUGGCCUUCGGCACAGAGGCUCUCCUCCUGGCCCACCGGCGAGCCCACACCCCAAAUCCUCUGCAUUCAUGUCCAUGUGGAAAGACCUUCGUCAACCUCACCAAGUUCCUUUAUCACCGGCGUACCCAUGGGGUGGGGGGUGUCCCUCUGCCCACAACACCUGUUCCUCCAGAGGAACCUGUCAUUGGGUUCCCUGAGCCAGCCCCAGCAGAAACUGGAGAACCAGAGGCCCCAGAGCCCCCCAUGUCUGAAGAGAGCUCAGCAGGGCCAACUGCCCCAGGCACUUACCGCUGCCUCCUGUGCAGCCGUGAGUUUGGCAAGGCAUUGCAGCUGACCCGACACCAGCGUUUUGUGCAUAGGCUAGAACGGCGCCAUAAGUGCAGCAUUUGUGGUAAGAUGUUCAAGAAAAAGUCUCAUGUGCGUAACCACCUGCGCACGCACACGGGGGAACGACCCUUCCCCUGCCCUGACUGCUCCAAGCCCUUCAACUCGCCUGCCAACCUAGCCCGCCACCGACUCACACACACAGGUGAGCGGCCCUACCGGUGUGGGGACUGUGGCAAGGCUUUCACACAAAGCUCCACACUGAGGCAGCACCGUCUGGUGCACGCCCAGCACUUCCCCUACCGCUGCCAGGAAUGCGGGGUGCGUUUUCACCGCCCUUACCGUCUGCUCAUGCACCGCUACCACCACACGGGCGAGUACCCCUACAAGUGUCGUGAGUGCCCUCGCUCCUUUUUGCUGCGCCGGCUUCUGGAGGUGCACCAGCUUGUGGCCCAUGCUGGGCGCCAGCCUCACCGCUGUACAUCCUGUGGGGCGGCCUUCCCCUCCUCACUGCGGCUCCGUGAGCACCGCUGUGCAGCUGCUGCUGCCCAGGCCCCACGGCGUUUUGAGUGUGGCACCUGUGGCAAAAAAGUGGGCUCAGCUGCUCGGCUACAGGCACAUGAGGCAGCUCAUGCAGCUGCUGGGCCUGGAGAGGUCCUGGCUAAGGAGCCCCCAGCUCCUCGGGCCCCGCGGGCCACUCGCACACCAGUCACCUCCCCAUCAGCCCUUGGAAGCACUACCACCACAGCCCCUGUGGCCCCUGCCCGACGCAGGGGCCUGGAGUGCAGCGAGUGCAAGAAGCUGUUCAGCACAGAAACAUCGCUGCAGGUACACCGGCGCAUCCACACAGGCGAGCGGCCGUACCCGUGUCCUGACUGUGGCAAGGCCUUCCGUCAGAGUACCCAUCUGAAAGAUCACAGGCGCCUGCACACAGGCGAGCGGCCCUUUGCCUGUGAAGUGUGUGGCAAGGCCUUUGCCAUCUCCAUGCGCCUGGCAGAACAUCGCCGCAUCCACACGGGCGAACGGCCCUACUCCUGCCCUGACUGUGGCAAGAGCUACCGCUCCUUCUCAAACCUUUGGAAGCACCGCAAGACCCACCAGCAGCAGCAUCAGGCAGCUGUGCGGCAACAGCUGGCAGAGGCAGAGGCUGCUGUUGGCCUGGCUGUGAUGGAGACUGCAGUAGAGGCACUGCCCCUGGUGGAGGCCAUUGAGAUCUACCCUCUGCCUGAGGCUGAGGGUGUCCAGAUCAGUGGCUGACUGCCCCAUUUCCUUCUUUCAGCACUACCAGGCCCUGUUGCUGAAGGUCCUCGUCCAACAUUCUCUUAAACCUCUGUAUGUGCUGUGUCCCUUCCUCUUCCCCUCCCCACCACCAUGUAAGUUCUGUAGCUAGAUUUAUUCUCUUCUCAGGGGGGUGCUCUGGGGUCCUUGAUAUGCACAAAGGUCUUCCUCCUCCCCACCUUCUACCUGUUAGCACUGAUGGCCCCAAAGUGAAACAGUAAUAAAGACUGAGUUGGACAUAUAUAUGCUUUUGUCAGGCCCAGCUAUGCAAGGUGGAAUUUAGGGGUCAUAAGUUCAAAUACUGGGUCUCACUUCUUGUGCCUGCAUUCCAAGCACCCAGAACAGGGCCUGGCAGACAGUUGGAGAGAAGGAUCUGAGGUCGGGGGCCUGGCUCUCAGAGCUGAGACUUUAAUCUGGUGCUAGAUGAAGGCAGCAUGGAGCUCUGCCACUAGAGGUCCCCACAGCUUUGUGGAAAAGCUUGAAGGUGCUUCUGUCAGUGGCAGGAACAUUUAGAGAAAUCUUCAGAUUCUUACCACCCCCAUCUCCCAACUUCUGGCCUGAUGUGUGCCUCAUCCCCCAAGGCCAUCUGAUUUCCUCACUGGAUCCCUGGGAGCAAGCGUAGGUUGGGCAUGAUGUCUGGGGCAGUAAAGGAGGGUAGCUCCUGGGUCCAGACCCAGUUGGAGAGUUGGAGAAGAUACUGAAUAAUAUUUGCCUUGGGUAGAAAGCCUCUUAAGGGAGAGAGACCUUAAGUGCCCCCUGGAGUUGAACUUUGGCUCAGCCAACAGAUUUUUGUUGUAGGGAGAGGAAUUGUUGGGGUGGCUGGUUUGAACAUCUAGUUUGUCUCAAGUACAUUUCUACAUCACUUUGAAUAAUAUUCACACUGAUCCUGUGUAAACAUUUUGCAGGGAAGGAAUCUGAAGUCAAAAGCAUUGAGGUGACUUGCCCAAGGUCAUUUCAAUCCAGGCAGGUCAGAGCUUGAACUUAAGCCUGGUUUCAAUUGAUUUAAUCACCCACGUGCUUUCCUCCUCACUCUGCUGCCUUCACAUACUUAGCGGAGUGUGGUGGAGAUAGGAGAUGGGGAGUGUGACUAGUGGAGAUGCUCAGUUGCUGCGUUAGCCGUUCCUUUAAGACACCCCUCCCCCCAGAUCCGUCUGUUGGAAGGAAUUCAGAAUCCCAAUAAACAAGAGGUGAAAGGGAAAUUUCUUGUGUUGAAACUCAGGGAAAGGAAGGCCUGAGACCUGCCCACUUGGCCUCCCCAUUCAUUACUUUCUACUCCCUUCAGCAGGCCUUUAACCAUCCAUGGCCACUAGGGCUCUAGGACAUUGAAUAUUACUGGUUUAACUUGUUCAGACAAGAAGAGAGCUAGGAAGCAGAUCUCUUAACUCCACUACUUUUUUUUAACUACAUUAUGCUUAUUUUAAUCAUUUCUAAGGAGAAAAAGCACUCACCCAUUUGAUGUCCUAACAGCUUCUAUGAAGAGCAAUUCUCUAUUAAGCAGUUGUUUCCCACUAAGUGUUGAUCAUUGGCACCAUCUUUCAGUAACCUCAUACCCUGCAGAAACAACUUGAGCCAUCUUAGCCCAACAUGCAGGGUCCUCACCCCCAGAUAAAGUCAUUCCUGAACCACUCCCUCUCAAGAAGAGCUGUAACAUCCUGAAAAUCAUAUCAGGUGCCUAGAACAAUAGGAGUAUCCUCCUUGCAAAACCAGAUAAAAGUCAGGGUUCAAUCAAGAAAAGGGAUGGGAAUGGAGAAAAGACCCUAAGGGUAUGGGUUGACAACAAGAUAAAGAUGCUCUCAGUAGAGAAGAAUGGCUCUAUGACCAGGAUGGUUAUUCUUCCUCCAUUGUUUUUUGUUGUUGUUGUUGGGUUUUUAUUUUGUUUUGGCAGCUGGCCGGUAGAGGGAUGAAACCAUGGACCUUGAUGUUAUCAGCAGCACUGUAACCAACUCAGCUAACCGGCCAGCCCCAUUGUUCUUUUAUUGGCACUUGUAAUAAAGGCUUUAAAAAA